AUGGCCAGUGGCGGCGGCAACGCGGCGGCGGCCGCCAAGGACGUCGUGGACGCGGAGGUCGUCAUCGUGGGCGGCGGCAUCGCGGGGCUGGCGACGGCGCUGGCGCUCCGGCGGGCGGGCGCGGCGGCGUGCGGCGUGCUGGUGCUGGAGCGCCACGCGGGGCUGCGCGCCACCGGCGCCGCGCUCACCAUCUUCCCCAACGGCUGGUUCGCGCUCCGCGCGCUCGGCGUCGCGCACAAGCUCGCCUCCCGCUACGACGCCUACGAAACAUCCAAGGUGACGAAUCUUGAGACCGGGGCGACGCAGGUGUUUCGCUUCGCCGGGAACAAGAACAAGGGUGAAGAAGUCAGAGUGAGGGCGGUUGACAGGAAGGCGCUGCUGGAGGCGCUCGCCGAGGAGCUGCCACCGGGCACCGUCCGCUUCUCGUCCAAGCUCGUCUCCAUCGACACCGAGCGUGCAGCCGGCGACUCGUCGGUGACCGUCGUCCUUGGAUUGGACGACGGCACGGUGAUCCGAGCCAAGGUCUUGAUCGGGUGCGACGGCAUGCACUCGGUGGUGGCGCGGUGGCUGGGCCUGUCGGAGCCGGCGAGCUCGGGCCGCUCUGCCGUCCGCGGGCUCUCCGUCUUCCCUAACGGGCACGGCAUAAAGCGGGAGCUCCGGCAGUUCCUCUCGGAGGGUCUCAGAGCCGGCAUGGUGGCCAUCAGCGACACCGAUGUCUACUGGUUCCUCGUCAACAACACCGUCGCUGCAGAGAAAGAAGCCGCCGGCGACCCGGUGAAGACCCUGCGCGAGGUCACCGACAACCUGGCCGGCCACAUGCCCGCGGAGUACCUGGACGUGGUGCGCCGCUCCGACCACGGCAACCUCUCGUGGGCGCCGCUCCUGUACCGGAACCCAGUGUCCGUCCUGCUUGGCGCGGCGGCGGCGCGCGGGCCCGUGACGGUGGCCGGCGACGCGUUCCACCCCAUGACGCCCGACAUGGCGCAGGGCGGGUGCUCCGCGCUGGAGGACGCGGUGGUGCUCGCCCGGGCGCUGUCGCUCGCGGCGACGCCGGACGAGGGCGUGGCCGCGUACGUGGCGCGGCGGCGGUGGCGCGCCGCCUGGCUGGUCGCCGGGGCGUACCUGUCCGGGUGGGUCGAGCAGGGCGGGACCGGCGUCCGCGGCGUGCGCGGGUGGAUGGUGAAGGCCUUCCGGGAAUGGAUCUUCUACAGGUUCGUGUUCCCCAGGCUCGCCGACACCAUGUGGUUCGACUGCGGCCACCUCACGCCGCCGCCGCCGCCCACGAUCGGCAAGAGCCACCACCGAGUGAAGUCCGAACCGCGUGUCAGUAUCACCUGCAGGAUCAGGAUCAGGAUCCAGGGCUCCAGGCCUAUGAUAGCAGUAUAG